AUGAACACAACUGCGUACUUCACGCAGUCGCGCCUGGCAAUGGCAACGUACGGCGACGUCGUCCUCGCUCACUCAACGUCCCCACAAGACUCCACGGUGACCAUCAAACGGAGCGAUAUUGUGUGCGCCCGUCGACACGAGUCGUUCCAGUGUCCCCAUCAUUUGACGAUAAAGGAUAUGGACGUGGAGCGUCUUGUGCUGCGCGAGGUCGACGUUCACGGGGGACAUCCCCAUAUUGUGGGGUUAGUCGACGAUUUCGAUGAGUUUGGAUAUGCGCAAUUGGUGCUCGAGUAUUGCCCUCACAGUGUCGCAGAGUGGUUGGCUCGUGACCAUCCCACUGAAGCCGAGGUCAUGCGCCUCUUUGGCCAUGUUGUAAGCGCAGUGACGUUUUUACACGCCCUCGGCAUUGCCCACAACGACUUGACAAUGUCACAUCUCCUGCUGUCCACUUCGAACGACGUCAAGUUGAUUGAUUUUGCCUCUGCGACACUGUUGACAGAACUAUCGAAAUCCAACGACGAGCUGGAUCUGGGCCGACUGCUCGUGUCGUUGUGUAGCCACGAUACAUGGAGUCGCAAGCUGGUUGCGUGCAGGGACCACAUUGAAGUCAAGCUGGCCGUGACGUGGAGCUCUAUGGUCACGCCAAACCAAGCCCGACAGUGGAUGGUACUGCUCCACCUCCUAACGAAACAAGAGCCCAUGAAUGAACUGAAGUCAAGAAACUCCAAUACACUUCAAGCGAGGGAACUCUACGAAACUACCGGUAGCUUCAGUCGUGCGCAUCGUGUUAAGGUUGGUGUGGAAAUGAGCUAA